CCAACCUCCAGUGAUGGCCAUUUUUUAUUGAACAGAAAAAAGAAAAGGAAAGAGCCAUUUGGAGUGCUUUAUCAAAAAAAGAAAACAACUUAUUAAUCAUUGAUCUAUGGGGGAAAGUUAACAAAAAUUCAAGUUAAAAAUGGAAAUAUCAGUUGGAUUAACAAUGGAAUAAAGUGGCCUUAAAAUGAUACUUCUUAAACCGGUACCGCUCUCUUUCGGUCUGGGUAUCGUCCCUCUCUUCAGUCUUUACUUUUCGAGAAGCUUUGACCCAAACCCUUUUCCUUUCUCCUACAUUCUUAAACACAGGGGUUAUAAUAAAAGAAGGAAGCUAUGUGGGCUGUUUCAAGGCGAAGAGUUUCUUCUUCUUCAGUUUUGGGCCAAUCAUUUCGAAAUGCUCGACCUUCACGUUGUUACAGUUCUUCCUCAAAUGAGGCCUAUGCAAAGACUUUAGUUUCUAGAAAAGGGACAUCACAAGUUGCAGGGAUUGUGGGUUCUCUAGGGUUUCCAGUUGGCUCAAGGCCUCUAAGGGACGUUAUUUUAUUUGUUCAAAGAUAUCCUCCAAUAUUUGUCCACACUAGGUCAUUUUCUGCUGAUAGUGGUGAACUUGUUGAUGCUGUUGUUCCUUUCAUGGGGGAAUCCAUCACUGAUGGAACUCUAGCAAGUUUUUUGAAGCAUCCUGGUGAUCGUGUAGAAGUAGAUGAGCCAAUUGCACAAAUAGAAACUGAUAAGGUGACGAUUGAUGUGAGUAGUCCUGAAGCUGGUGUAAUUGAACAGCUGGUAGCCAAAGUAGGUGACACUGUGGAGCCAGGUACGAAGAUAGCUGUCAUUUCAAAAUCUGGCGGUGUAACUCAUGUUGCUCCAUCAGAAGACAAGCCUAGCAAGGAAGCCUCUGAGCCCUGUCCUGCAAAAGCAAAGAAAGUAGAGACUAAGAAGCCUAAAGCAGAAACUCCACCCAGCAAAGAAAAGCCUACAGCACCUUCUCUGCCUCCUCCCAAACCUUCAGCCAAGGAACCUCAACUUCCUCCUAAAGAGAGGGAGAGAAGAGUACCUAUGACUAGACUUAGAAAACGUGUUGCAACACGUUUGAAGGACUCUCAAAACACUUUCGCAAUGUUGACAACAUUCAAUGAAGUUGAUAUGACCAGUUUGAUGAAGCUCCGUUCUGACUAUAAGGAUGCUUUUUUCAAGAAACAUGGAGUAAAGUUAGGACUUAUGUCGGGAUUUGUAAAGGCAGCUGUUAGCGCUCUUCAGAAUCAACCAAUUGUCAAUGCUGUAAUUGAUGGGGAUGACAUAAUAUAUAGAGAUUACAUUGAUAUCAGUAUUGCUGUUGGUACUCCGAAGGGCCUUGUAGUUCCAGUAAUCCGAAAUGCUGACAGAAUGAACUUUGCUGAAAUCGAGAAAGGAAUAAACAUCCUUGCUAAGAAGGCAAAUGAUGGGUCUUUAUCAAUUGAUGAGAUGGCUGGGGGCUCAUUCACAAUAUCCAAUGGUGGAGUUUAUGGAAGCCUCUUAAGUACUCCAAUUAUUAAUCCCCCUCAGUCGGCUAUUCUGGGAAUGCACUCCAUAGUUAGCCGUCCAAUGGUUGUCAGUGGAGAAGUUGUUCCAAGGCCAAUGAUGUACAUUGCACUGACAUAUGACCAUCGACUGAUUGAUGGAAGGGAAGCAGUAUUCUUCUUGCGUCGCAUUAAAGAUGUCGUGGAGGAUCCACGGAGACUGCUGCUUGAUGUAUAAGGAAACCAUAUAAACAACAGUCUAUUUAUAGCCUGGAUAUGGCACACAUUUUCUUGGGUGUAGAAUAAAUAGCAACUGAGAUUUCCAGGGCUCUUAUAUUUGCAUUUUCUUGGUGUGCCAUAACAUUUUCCCAUUGUAUCUGUUAAAAGGCCUAUGCUGGUCGAUCAUCUGCUCCAGAAUAAAGCAUUCCUUCGCUUUUUAUUGA